GGAAUCAAAGAUACCAUACGUGGUCUUCGACAAUUGAAUCCCCAACUAUACGGUGAACACAGUCAUCGCGUUCGUAUUUAUCCGCUGCACUCACAAUUGGCCACAUCCAGGCAACGAGGUCUGUUCGAGGUACCCCGUCCUGGUCAGCGCAAAAUAAUUGUCUCCACCAAUAUCGCCGAAACAAGUGUGACCAUCGAAGAUGUGGUCUAUGUGAUCGAUUGUGGUCGAAUUAAAAUCACGGACUAUGAUCCCGCGUGCAACACAUACUCAUUAGCUCCGGUUCUUGUCAGCAAAGCGAACGCUGCUCAACGUCGUGGUCGCGCUGGCCGAGUUCAACCGGGUGUGUGCUACCAUUUAUUCUCACAAUACGUGCAUGACAACACAAUGGCAGAAUUUCUUUCACCAGAAAUUUCACGAAUGCGAUUAGAAGAUAUCAUAUUGCGAAUUAAGGUGAGUAGUACUAAUAGUGCUGAUAAUAACGAUCACUUCAUAUUUCAAUGA